UUUUUCAAUGAUUGGCCAUAUUUCUCUUUCUAUUAGACGCUUAUUAAUUUCACAACAAAGACGAUGUUUGAUGCUAUAUAAAAGAAAAAUUAAUAGAACUACAAGUUUCCGGCAAAAUUCGGCAUAUUUUGAACAGUCUUCCACAAACACUAAUUCUUCAUUAAAAUUGGAUAACCAAGAUGAGGAUCAAAUAUUGGAGUAUUAUGAAGUAGAAGAGGAGGGUGUUGAUGUCCCAAUGGUGGCUGAGACAGAGCCUUACCUCAGAAGAGAUUUGCAAUUAAGAGACUUUUCUACACUUUCCCCUAAUGAAAUUGUUGAAGUAUUGGAAGAUCAACGCGCUAAGGACAUUGUUUGUUUUCAAGCAUCCGAAGAAAAUGAUAAUGUUGAUGAAAACAAUAAUGCCAGCGAACAACAACAGGAACAACUUCGCCCAUAUAGCCCAUUUACCAUAAUCUGUUCGCCCUACAAUAAAAGGCAUGGAAAAGCUUUGAUGACAAUUGUACGGGCUUUUGUGAAAAGAAAUUUUUUAUUUGAGGGUCCAAAAGACAUUCCACAUCGUUUUGAUAAAGAUCCAAGUGGUUGGUAUAUGUUGGACUUGAAGAAUGUUACUGUGCAUAUAAUAGAGGAGGAUUUGAGAAAAAGAUACGAUUUGGAAUCCCUAAUCCUCGGUAAAGAUGAAGAAGAAACAAGCAAUUGGUGGGAAACAAACGAAUAUGCUGUCUCUGAAUUAAUAGCUAAUAUAGAGGAAGAAGGAGAACAAAAGAAGCCUAAGAAAAUACGUGGAAUUGCAACUGAUCCGUUUAUUAGACCAUUGCGUUGAGAAAAAAUUUU